AAAUCAAAUUCUAAGCUAUCUUGUUUCUUUCCAUUCACUUUUCUUCACUGAAUAUUCAGCACAUGUACUUGCUUUCCUACUUUUUAUUUAUGGCAAUGAGCUAAUCAACUCCAUCACGGCGCCGAAAUUGCUUCCCUCCAAUCCUUAUAUAAACCCCUUCAGUCCCUCUCUUCUUUUCACCAUCAGCGAAGCUAUAUAAGCAGACAAGCUCUGCUUUCUUCUAACACUCUCUAUCCUUCUCUUUUUCUGGUUUUUCGUUUGUUUUUAGGGUCUGGGUUGUUCAAGAAAGAAAACCCUGAAAUUAUAUAAACAGAAGAAGAGAAUGAAUUGUCUCCAGAGUUGGCCUGAGCCGGUGGUUCGAGUUCAGUCUCUGUCUGACAGUGGGAUACGUGCCAUUCCAGAGCGAUACAUCAAGCCGCUAACCGACAGGCCUGGCCUGAAAACAUGUUCCAAAAUCGAAGAACAUGUUGACAUUCCUGUCGUUGAUCUCCAGAACCUGUUCGGGAAAGACCUAGCCCUGCGGGAGGAGACCUUGAGAUGCAUCUCCAGCACGUGCCGGGACUGGGGUUUCUUCCAGGCGGUUAACCAUGGGGUUAGCCACGAGCUGAUGAGGCGCAUCCGAGAGGUGUGGCGUCGAUUCUUCAGCCUGCCGCUUGAAGUGAAGCAAGGGUAUGCCAACGAGCCAAGUACCUAUGAAGGGUACGGCAGUCGCUUGGGAGUAGAGAAAGGAGCGAUUCUGGAUUGGAGCGAUUACUUUUUUCUUCACUUCAUGCCGGUUUCGUUGAGGAAUCAAAGCAAGUGGCCUGCACAACCGUCAUCUUGCAGGGAACUGGUAGCAGAAUAUGGUGCUGAAGUUGUAAAACUGUGUGGAAGGCUGCUGAAGGCAAUGUCAACAAAUCUUGGACUGCCAGAAGAUUACCUGCAGAAAGCCUUCGGUGGAGAAGACAUCGGUGCCUGUUUAAGGGUCAACUUCUAUCCAAAGUGUCCUCAGCCUGACCUUACCCUAGGUCUUUCCUCACACUCAGACCCUGGUGCCAUGACCAUUCUCCUCCCUGAUCACGACGUAGCUGGACUCCAAGUUCGUAAGAAUGGCAAGUGGAUCACCGUGAAGCCUGUUCCUAAUGCUUUCAUUGUCAACGUUGGAGACCAGCUUCAGGUGCUGAGCAAUGGAAUUUACAAGAGUGUUGAACACAGGGUAAUCGUGAAUUCAGCAAAAGAUCGAGUCUCCCUAGCUUUCUUCUACAACCCAAAGAGUGAUUUACUCAUCGAACCAGCCAAGGAGCUAGUGAGUAAGGACCGGCCGGCUCUGUAUAAUCCCAUGACGUUUGAUGAGUACAGACUUUACAUCAGGACCAAGGGUCCAUGUGGCAAAGCGCAAGUUGAAUCCUUGAAAUCCAAUAGAUAGUCUCCAUACAUAGUACUUGUGUGAUGUGUACCAAUCGCUUACAUUUAAAUAAUACUCCCAAGCCUCUCCAACCUAAAUAUAGAGCUUCUGAAAGUACUAUAAUCAGCUAAUUUGAAGCUUUACAUGAUCAUGUGAAAAGAUUACUGUAUGCAAGCAUUUCAAGAAGCAAUAUUAAUUUGUGUCAUGUCAUAUUAUAAAUUCUUGAUGCCCUUUUAUUCAAAA